CGAUGGUCGUCGUCUUAAAUCACCGCUCCGUUCCACGGACUUCUCUGUGGGGAUGUGGAGACCUGAAUAACGCUCUACUUUUAAAAAUAUAUCGUUUAUGAUAAAAAUAUCAGACACAGCGAUGUUGUGUCUAAAUUUGAAAAGUGUGAAUGAAAGCGUGUCACUGUGCGUGUGCGUGGUUGAAUGAUUGGAGCGGAGGAGGCGGCGUGGGAAGCGCGUGGCGCAACGGAGGUGGCGCGGACCUGGAAAACACCGCUGCGUUCAAGGACCCUCUGCUGUGGGAAAGUACAGUUUCAACGAAGGCUUUUCAGUGAUGUGAUGGUGAUAAUUAUGAUUGGUCGACAGUUUGUCUGAUGGAAUGGUGGUAAUGACAACAAUGUUAAUGAGAACGACUGCUGCUGCUAAUGAUGCUAACAAUGAUUUCAAUAAGGAUGAUGAUGAUGACGUUUAUUGAUUGAUUGAUUAUGACGCUAAUGCUGACUUUGGUAAUAAUAAUCAUAAUCAUCAUAAUGACGUUAAAGACAAAUCUGAUGCAAAAGUAUUUUUUUCCCACCGGCCCUGAAGCUAACACGGCUCCUCCUCUGUCCUCAGCCGCAGCGUCGGCGACUUCGCGCGUGCAUGUGAAUGCGCACGCACGCGAACGCGCGUCUGUGGGCGCAGGCGCGCAGGACUGUGGUAUAAAGCCAGAGAAGUGGCGGAAUCUCGCGCUUGUUCCUGUCAGUCACGCACCGACUCAGAGCCUGACCUGCGGUUUCCCCCGUCAGUCUGAGGAAUCACGCCAGGUCUGCACAGCGGAAUUUCGGUUUAUGGUUGUGACAGACCCCGGAGCAAACAUGUCCCGGACCGACGAGGUGCACCGGAUCACCGAGAAUGUCUACAAGUCCAUCAUGGAACAGUUCAAUCCAUGUCUGAAGAACUUCAUCGCCAUGGGGAAGAGCUACGAGAAGGCCCUGACCAGUGUCACACACGCUGCCAAGGGCUACUUCGAUGCUCUGGUGCGGAUGGGCGAGAUGGCCAGCGAAAGUCACGGCUCUAAGGAUCUUGAAGAGGCAGCGUGGGACGUCCUCUUCCAGAUGGCUGAAGUUCACAGACAGAUCCAGAUCCAGCUGGAGGAGAUGCUGAAGUCCUUUCACUAUGAGCUGCUCACAGAGCUGGAGAAGAAGGUGGAGCUGGACGCCCGCUACCUCAACGCAGCGUUAAAGAAGUACCAGAUGGAGCACAAGGGCAAAGGAGAGAGUCUGGAGAAAUGUCAGGCGGAGCUGAAGAAACUGAGGCGUAAAAGUCAAGGCAGCAAACAGCCGACCAAGUACGGAGACAAGGAGACGCAGUACAUGGAGGCCAUCAGUAACAAACAGAGCGACAUGGACGUCUUCGUGACCGACGGCUACAGGAACGCAGUAGCCGAGGAGAGGAGGAGGUUCUGUUUCCUGGUGGAUCGUCAGUGCAACGCUGCCAAGAACAGCAGCAGCUUCCACAGCAAGAGCAAAGAGCUUCUAUCUCAGAAGAUUCCAGUUUGGCAGCAGGCCAGUUCUGAUCCCAACAAAAUUCCAGAACGGGCCAUGUUCUUAAACCAGCAGAUGAUCGGACCAGCAGGACCAGAGUCUAAAGCUCUGCCAGAGGGGGCAGUAGUGUUCAGAGGCAGCCCCGGAAUGCCUCAGCAGAGGCUGAUGGGAGUUGUGGAUGGAGGGCUGAUGAAUGGAGUGGGUGGAGCUAAUGUGGCAGGAGGAGGCGACUACCAACAGUGGAUGGAGGAAAAGGAGGUGCAGGGCAAAGUUUCACCACAGACCCAGAGGCACGGAGGAGAAGUUUUCUCCAACACACUUCCUGUACGCAAGGCUGCACCUGCCAAGAGCAAGACCACACUGACGGAGACUCGGACGUUGCCUCGCUCCAGCUCCAUGGCUGCAGGACUGGAGAAGAACGGCAGAACCAGAGUCCAGGCCAUAUUCUCCCAUGCAGCUGGAGACAACAGCACCCUGCUGAGCUUCUCUGAGGGGGACACCAUCACGCUGCUGGUCCCCGAGGCCAGGGACGGGUGGCACUAUGGAGAGAACGAGAAGACCAGGAUGCGUGGCUGGUUUCCCUUCUCCUACACGAGGAUGAUUUCUGAAGGAGAAUCCAUGAAGCAUCUUCCUGUUCACAACCUCCGCCACGGGAAGAGCAUCAGCACUGGGAACCUGGUGGAGAGAGAAAAUAUUGCAUUUCCUGUUCCUGAUUACACCGUACACUCCCACAUGGGGGCGCCGCACGGCAGACAACAACAGCAACAACGGCCCUACAGCGUGGCAGUGCCAGGUUUCCCACAGGUUGGGCAGGGAGUUGAAGAGUAUGAGUCUCGCUUCUCUACAAGUUCCACAGAUGGAAAACUCAUUUCCACAGUGUGAAGACACACACCGUGCUCUUCUCUUUAAUCCUGCUGCGUUCGUUGUCGCAGAACAACACGAAGACGACUGGAGCCACGAGGAGCCUGGAUGUUUGGCUGCUCUUUGUCGUGCAUGAACUGAACGAUUCCUUCAGUAAUCACCAGGAUCAUGACGUGAGGCAUUUAGUAAAACCACAAAUGUUAUCUUUGGUGAUCCAAAACACGAUUUUAAUGCUGUAAAAAGAACAACUCUAAUUUUAAUCUUCUCUUGCGUCGUUGCUGUUCUCUCCUGCUCCUCUGACGUUAGAGGAACUGUACCACGAGACGAGAACGGCCAAUCAUAAAACAGGCCGAAAUAUUAACGAUGAGAAUGUUUACUCUACAAACACCUGAGUGUGCAGCCUCACUCACUCUGAGAUUUUAUCCAUCAACCCAUUUUAUUAUUGUUGUUCAUGUGUUCAUAGGAGCAGGUCUUCAAAACUGCCACCUGUCUCCCAGGACCACCAGUCUGACCAACAUUAACUACAGCAGCACAGACCCUCACGCUUUACAAUUUGCUGACAGUAUCAGUCAAAGAUGCACAGUACAAUGAAGUACAGUAGUACUACAUAGUACUUAAUUCUAAUUCUGGAAAGACACUCACAAGCAGCCACAAAAUACAUGUUCCCACACUCACCACAGGAGGGAGCUAUAUUGAGACUAGUGGUACAGGUACUACAGUUUGAGGAGAGUAAGAACAAGAUUUUCCAAAGUAGUAUUUAGAACUAUAUUAGCACAGUGGAAACAUUGCACUUCAGAAUUAAAUUUAAAAUAAAGUUGAACUCCUCACAUUCAACAGCAAAAUCAACCCUACGGCUCAAGCACUGUAAGUAUUUAAAUUCAGGUCUUUUUUUUUUUCUUUUUUUAACCAAAUCCUGUAAAUAGUAUCCUGUAUGAUAAACAACACUGUAACAUAAUGUGUAAAGUAUUAAUGGAAGUAUUAUAUGAACAACAGGCUUUUGUUUUAAAUAGUUUUACUGUGAGGAGACAAAAUGAAUACGUUGAUGUGCAUGAUAAGAAGAAAGUAUAAACAUGUACGUGUUAAGUCAUGAACUCUCAAAAUGUAUGUUAGCUUUAAAAAACAUUAAAAGUACAAAAUAAACCCAC